AUGCCCAGCCGGAGAGGAGGCGCCGCCGCCGGGGCGCCUUCGGAGCGCAGCCCGCUGCUCACCUACCGCCUGUGCAGCAGCACCUCCGUGGAAGGCGAGGCGCCCGGGGGGCCCAGGGCCGCCGCCGGAGGAGCCCGCAAGCUGCCCACCUUCCUGGGCGUGGUGGUGCCCACGCUCCUUUCCAUGUUCAGCGUGGUGCUUUUCCUGCGCCUCGGAUUUGUGGUGGGCCAGGCUGGAUUGUACCAAUCCCUGGGGAUGUUUGUUGUAGCGUACUUCAUCAUUGGCAUGACGGUCCUGUCAGUCUGCGCCAUCUCCACCAAUGGGGCCUUGGAUGCUGGUGGGGCUUAUUACAUGAUCAGCCGUGCCCUGGGGCCCGAGUUCGGGGGCAGCAUCGGGAUCAUGUUCUUCUUGGCCAACGUUUGCGGCAGCGCCCUCUACGUCUUGGGGCUGGUGGAAGCCGUCGUGGACGACUUCGGAGUCCCGGGAGAGAGCAGCGUGAGUAGCAGCGUCCACGUCCUGCCGAGUGGCUACUGGUUCGAGGUUCUCUACGGGACCGUGAUCCUGCUGCUCUGCCUCGUGGUGUGCCUGGUGGGCGCCGACAUCUACGCCAAAGCCACCUUCCUCAUCUUCGUCGUCGUCAUGGGCGUCCUGGGCACCGUCUGCCUCAGCUUCGUCCUGGUGGGGCCUCGCACCGUGCAGCUGCCUGGCAGCGAGGGUAACGGGACGGGCCUCGUCAACACCUCCUUCACCGGCUUCAGCCUCCGGACCUUACAGGGCAACCUCGCGGCCGGUUACACCGUGGAUUACACAACUGGACGCAUGAUGAGCUUCAGCACCGUCUUUGCGGUCAUGUUCAACGGCUGCACAGGCAUCAUGGCCGGCUCCAACAUGUCUGGGGACCUGAAGCGACCCAGUUAUUCCAUCCCCCGGGGCACCAUCAUCGCCGUCAUCUUCACCUACGUAGUGUACAACUUUCUGGCUGUCCUACUGAGCUGCACCUGUGAGAGGCUCCUCCUCCAACGGGACUAUGGCUUCCUGAAGGACAUCAACAUCUGGCCGCCUUUGGUCACCAUCGGGGUCUACUGCUCCACCCUCUCAGCCGCCAUGAGCAACCUCAUCGGUGCCUCCCGGAUCCUCUACGCUUUGGCCAAGGAUGACCUCUUUGGCAAUGUUCUAGCCCCAGCAAAGCAGACGUCCUCUGCUGGGAACCCGUGGGUGGCCGUGGUGCUGUCUUGGCUGCUCGUGCAGCUGGUGCUAUUCUCUGGGAAGCUGAACACCAUCGCUGCCAUAGUGACCAUCUUCUUCCUCUUGGUCUACGCCACUGUGGAUUUGGCCUGCCUGGCUCUGGAAUGGGCAUCUGCUCCAAAUUUCAGGCCCACCUUCCGGUACUUCACCUGGCACACCUGCGUCCUGGGCAUCGCGGGCUGCACCGUCAUGGUGUUCUUCAUCAGCCCCAUCUACGCCUCCGCCAGCGUGGCCUUCAUGAUCGUUCUCCUGCUGGCCCUCCACUACCUGUCGCCCAGCAGCAGUUGGGGCUACAUCAGCCAGGCCCUCAUCUUUCACCAGGUCCGCAAGUACCUGCUGAUGCUGGACAUCCGCAAAGAGCAUGUCAAGUUUUGGCGCCCGCAAGUGCUGUUGAUGGUCCGGAACCCGAGGACUUCUGUGCGCCUCAUCAGCUUCAUGAACGACCUGAAGAAAAGCGGCCUGUAUGUGCUUGGCCACGUCGAGCUGGAUGAUUUAGACUCGCUUCCAGCCGAUCCCCUGCCGGCCCAGUCCGACUCUUGGCUGCAGCUUGUGGACAGGCUGAACAUCAAGGCGUUCGUCAACCUGACCCUAUCUGACUCCAUCCGGCAUGGAACGCAGCAGCUCCUCUUCAUCUCUGGCUUGGGAGGCAUGAGGCCCAACACCAUCGCUCUGGGUUUCUACGACGACACACCAUCCCGGGACGGCCUAUCCCAACAUCCCGCCUUUAGCGGCAGCGUGGACACGGUCCGCCUCAAUUUCCCUCCCCUGCGGGACUCGGCGAGCCGCAAGCGGCUGUCCCCCCGCGAGUACGUGGCUAUUGUCGCCGACGCCGUGAAGAUGCAACGCAACGUUCUGCUGGCGCGGGCCUUCGACGACCUCAAGCUGCCCCAGGAGCUGGGGUGGCGGGCCCAGCCCCUCAUCGACGUCUGGCCCCUCAACCUCCUGCGCCCAGACAGCGCCCGCUACGUGGACACCUGCAGCCUCUUCCUGCUGCAGAUGGCGUGCGUCCUGGCCAUGGCCCGCUCGUGGCGCCGGGCCCGCCUGCGCCUCUUCCUCUGCGUGGAGAGCGGCACCCGCCCCCGCAGCCAGGAAGACAAGCUGCGGCAGCUCCUCAAGGACCUGCGUAUCCUGGCGGACAUUCACAUGGUGUCGUGGGACAACGUGGUGGCCCUCCAUUGGCACAGCCGUAAGGAGGCGGCGACCAACGCCACCCUCAACUUCCCCGGCAACGUAGCCUGCGUCUCGGACGACUACCUGAGCGCGGUCAAUCAGCUCAUCCUCCAGGAGAGCUCGGCCCCCACCGUCCGCUUUCUCUACCUGCCCCGGCCCCCUGCGGACACGAGCCUGUACCCGAGGUACUUGGAACAGUUGGAAGUGCUCACCCAUGGGCUGGGCCCCACCCUCUUGGUACACGGGGUGAGCGCGGUCACCAGCACGGAACUGUAGGCGUGAACUCGGUGCGAGGGAGCGGGCCGCGGUGACCGAUUUGAACACCCGUCGUGACGUAAGGUUGGUAAGUAGCCUGCGGACUAGCAUGGUAUUGAGAAGCAAAGCCGAGGUGAGCUGGAAUCGGCCAGGCUGAGCUCCCUGGUUGGCUUUACCCAAGCUAAGUUUGGUCUUUUUUCCCCAUGGGCCAAGGCGUGGGUGAGGCCUCACGCACGGCCAAGCCACCACCGCCGAGGGUGUUUAUCACAAAGUGUCCUUCACUUGCUCCGUUCCUUGGAGCCGGAAUUCUCUGCACGCUCCAGCAAAGGCGGGCCGCGGCAAGAUCGGAGGGACUCGAACUCAGCGCUGAGACUCUAAAUUCCCUUCUAUUGGCUAGGUGACUCCAGGGAGGGGUCAGUGGCCUCGGAAACUCUGCAGUGACCACCUUUCUUUUUAUAUGUCGAAAUGGGAGCAAAGUCCAAGAGGACACGUGUAGAAACGGCAAUAAAAUUGAAGUUGGGGUACAAUCAAA